AAAAAAAUGGCUGUGCGGUCUAUGCGUUUCGUAGUGGCGUCAUGGAGCCAACUGCAAUUCGCUUCCACUCCUACACUCCCAUUCCCUCCGCUCUCUCUCUCCGCCGUAAACCCGCCGUCGUCUCACUUCCCAAGCCACCAAUACAAGCCAACAACAGUGGAGGAUUCCGGCUUUGCGCAGCGUCCACCGCUUCUUCCCCUGUAAUUGCUGCGUCAAGGGGGACUGAAAUCGAAUUAGAGAACAGGAAAUACGAGCUGCUUAGGAUCAUUCAGGACACGCAGCGCGGCCUCGCCACCACUGCCGAUCAGCGCUCUUCUAUUGAGGAGGCUCUUGUGAGCGUGGAAGCGUUCGAUGCUGGCCAGGGUUUGGAUUUAGGUAAAUUGGAUGGGACGUGGCGUUUGCAGUAUACAUCUGCGCCAGAUGUCCUCGUUCUUUUUGAGUCUGCUGCUAGGCUUCCCGUCUUCCAGGUUGGCCAAGUUUUCCAAAAGUUUGAAUGCCAAGAUAAAUCAAGUGGAGGAUUUGUGCGCAAUGUUGUCAAGUGGAGUAUACCCGGCUUGUUUGAAGAGCAGGAAGGUGUCACUUUGGUAGUCACUGCAAAAUUUUCCUGUGUUUCUUCACGCAAUAUCUUCCUUCAGUUUGAGGAGAUAUCCUUUCAAGAUGUAAAUAUCAGUGAAGAGCUGCAAGCACUAAUUGCCCCAGCUAUAUUACCAAGGUCAAUGUUAAAUUUUGAGAUCUUGCAAUUCCUUCGAACUUUCAAAGCUCAAGUUCCUCUGAGAAGUUCUAAUAGGCGAUCUGUUGGUGGCUUAUACUACCUUUCAUAUCUGGAUAACAACAUGCUUCUAGGCCGUGCUGUUGGAGGUGGCGGUGUGUUCAUAUUCACCAGAGCUCAACCUAUCCUCCUCUGAAGAAUGGUCUGAACAUAAAACCCUUGAGAAUGUGUAGAUACCCAUUGAAUGGAAGGAUAUGAAGAUCAAUAUAAUCUCGGAUUCGGUGCCGGGUUGAGGCAGAAUCCAUACAAGAUGGUAAAUAUAGUAUUACUUGCUGAAAAUUUUGCUACCCUUUUUUCUUCUUUUAGUUGAUGUUACUCCUUGAUGUCAUACUUACUUUAAUCCCAGCAAGAUAGUAAGAUGGUUUUUACUCUCA